CUGCCAUGUGCGGCAUCUUUUUCUCCCUCAGUCCCACUGACCACUUGAUCCCAACUUCCAGCACUGAGCGCCUUCUGAUGAACCGUGGCCCUGAUAGCUUCGGAAAACACCAGGCUCUAGUUUUACCCCAGCUCCGUGCUACCUUCAUCUCCACAGUCCUUUCACUCCGCGGCAACAAUAUUACCACCCAGCCACUUAGGGAUCAACGCGCUGAAUCGGUGCUCUGCUGGAAUGGUGAGGCAUGGAAGAUAGGCCCGGAUCUCGUGGAAGGGAAUGAUUCCCAGCUUGUUUUCGAUUUGUUCCUUCAGGCGUCCUCCAACGCUUCACGUGACAGCAGUAGCUCGUCGAUUAGACAAAUGGUCCAGGCUGUGUCUACCAUUCGAGGCCCUUUUGCCUUCGUAUUCUAUGACGCCCAGAACUCCUGCCUCUACUAUGGCAGAGACUGUCUGGGGAGGCGUUCUCUUCUACAAAAGUCAACCUCUGUUGGUGAAUUGAUCUUGUCCAGUGUGUGCGACAACGCGAGUGGAGAUCAAUGGCACGAGGUCGACGCCGAUGGAUUGUAUGUCCUAGACCUAAAAUGCGCUGCAACACAAAAACUGGAACCCAUACGCAUCCCUCACUGUCGAUCAGGAAAUGAAGCCGCGCCCGGGCUGGCCCUACCGUUGCCUUUCCCCUCACUGAACAAAUCCGUCCCUGAUGGACCUCAUCAGCCUGAUCUUCUCAACGUGCAGCGCCUACUUGGAAGCCUGGCCAAAUCACUUUGGCUUCGAAUCCGACGCAUUCGAGAGUCCGUCAUAGAUUCGGCUGAAUCGGAUACUAAAAUUGCUAUUCUCUUCUCUGGUGGCCUCGAUUGCACUUUGCUUGCCCGCCUCAGCCACAAUGCGCUUCCACUUGGUGCGGGCGUCGAUCUAUUGAACGUUGCCUUCGAAAACCCGCGCAUUCAUGGAACCCUGGGCCCGGGCGAAUCACCUUAUGAACUGUGUCCCGAUCGCAUAACUGGUAGAACGUCUCAUGCCGAACUUGUGAGAGUCUGCCCCAACCGGAGAUGGCGGUUUGUUGAAAUCAAUGUACCCUAUUCAGAAACCAUGGAACAUCGCACCCGGGUCAUGACGCUGAUGCAUCCCCACAACACCGAAAUGGAUCUCUCUAUCUCGUAUGCGCUGUACUUCGCUUCAAGGGGAAUUGGACUUGUUCGGGGCAAUCCCAACAGCCCUCCCAGACCGUACUCGACACCAGCACAUGUUCUUCUUUCCGGUCUUGGCGCAGAUGAGCUAUUCGGUGGCUACCAACGCCAUGCAGUCGCUUUCUCACGAACAGGCUAUCCCGGCCUCAUAGACGAACUCGAACUCGACUUCGAUCGUCUCGGGAAGCGUAACCUAGGCAGGGAUGACCGCGUGAUCAGUGACUCUGGAAAAGAAGUACGGUUUCCCUACCUGGACGAAGAUGUAAUUGCUCUGGCCUUGGAUCUCCCGGUGUGGGCCAAGUGCGACUUCGAAAAUGGAAAUUUGCCGGACUCGGAUGACCCUUCACGACGCCUGGAGCCUGGGAAGAGAAUCCUCAGACUUGCUGCGUGGAAUACUGGGAUGAAAAGCGUAGCAGCAGAGAAGAAGCGUGCCAUACAGUUCGGAUCCCGUACAGCGAAGAUGGAGACUGGAAGGACCAAAGGAACUCAAGUAUUAUCAUGA